GUUAGGUGUCAGUUCUCCACGCGAUUUACUCGGAGCAAGGUGCCCCCAAUCGUAUUAGUCGGCCCCCUUUUGCAUUCAGUGACUUCGUAGAGUUCUUUUAAUCCUCAAUACCAAAUUUCAUAAGUUAAAUAGAACAUACAUUUUUUAUUUAUUAAUUUAUUGCUUAAAAUUUGAUGUGAUUUUUAAAUUUAAACGUGACUUUUAACAUAUUUUUUUUCAAUUUUAUACGAUACAAGUUGACAGUUUUUUAAUCACUGCAUCUAGGAGCUGGAACUAGUUUUAGAAACACGUGACAUUUGUGAACAUGAACGGAAUAUCGAUAAAUAAAAAUGAGGAAGCUGAAUCGACGUAACGUUCCACGGCAGAAUGGCCAGUUGGCCGUUGAGAGCUGUGCUCCUGUCCAGCGCUCUUAUCCUCGUUCGCGGUCGAGGAACACUGCUGGACAGUCAAGGGCCAGUUUUAGCGUCAGAGCCACGCUCGACGGUAGAAUUUUCCAAUGACACAGGAGCAAUGUUGCAUUGUUCAGCUCAUGGGAGUCCAUCGCCAAGAGUAGAUUGGUUAAUGGGUGAUGGCUCGCCUGUACAUCCUAUUCCGAACAUCCGAGAGAUACUGGCCAAUGGUUCGAUGUACUUUCUGCCAUUCGGUGCUGAAAGCUACCGUCAUGACGUUCACUCUGCCGUGUACAGGUGCCAAGCAUCCAACAGCGUGGGUCGUGUACUUGGGCGUGAAGUUAAUGUCAAAGCUGUGGUUCGUCAGAAGUACCAAGUUGGAGUCAAGGACUCGCAUGUACUCGCGGGAAAUACUGGAGUCUUAAGAUGUGACGUUCCAACACAAGCCAAGGAAUAUGUUUCUAUAACAUCUUGGGUACAAGAUUCAGCUUUUAAUAUUUAUCCGGCUCCUGAAAGCGAUGGAAAGUAUCACAUGCUACCAACCGGCGAGCUUCUAAUUUUCUCAGUGACCGCAGCCGACACCCACAACGGGUAUCGAUGUAGAACCGUCCAUCACGUAACUGGAGAAACCAUUGAAAGCUCCAACCACGCUCGACUCAUUGUCACAGAACAUCGGAAUCCAGAGCCACCCCGCAUAAAUGAGCGCAUGAAUCCAUCCCCAGUGCGCGAAGGAGAAACAAUAGUGCUGUCGUGUAUUUCUCAGGGUGGAAAUCCACCACCGAUGUACUCUUGGUAUCGAGAGUCAAUUGGUGGUACUGAUGCUAUAGUUAAUUCUGAGAGGGCUCAUGCCAGAGGGGGCGUACUCAUAAUUCAAUCAGCAAGAGUUGAAGACGCAGGUCGUUAUGUAUGCCAUGUUAACAACACUGCUGGCUCUGAAAGAGUUGAGCUUGAAGUCUCGAUUAUUAACAGUAUUUCUAUUCAUCUAACUCCUCAACAAGUGACUAUUGACUUGGGUAAAGAUGGAAAAUUCCAAUGCGCUGUGACAGGACAGCCAACCCCGAUAAUAACGUGGGCUAAAGAUGGACUUCCAGUUAGAGAAGGUACCGGGAGAAUAAAAAUCCUCGGUAACGGCGGCUCAAUUCUUCACAUAUCCUCAGUCACCAGGGAUGACAAAGGGAUGUACCAAUGUUUUGCUAAAAAUGACUAUGAAAUGACUCAGGCGACUGCUGAACUCAGAUUAGGAGAUGCAUCUCCACAACUUGUAUAUAAAUUUAUUGAACAAACUAUUCAGCCUGGACCUAGUGUUUCUCUGAAAUGUAUUGCCACUGGGAACCCGACACCACAUUUCACGUGGACCCUAGAUGGAUUUCCUUUGCCUCAAAAUGACAGAUUCAUGAUUGGACAAUACGUGACAGUACACGGCGAUGUGAUAUCCCAUGUAAACAUAAGUACUGUUAGGGUUGAAGAUGGAGGGGAGUAUCGAUGCACGGCAGGCAACCGUGUUGCCAAAAUUCAUCACGCAGCCCGUCUGAAUAUCUAUGGCUUGCCACAUGUACGCCCGAUGGGAAGCUAUGCUGCGGUUGCAGGUGAAACGACAGUCAUCAAAUGUCCCGUUGCUGGAUUCCCAAUAGCGAGUAUUACGUGGGAAAAAGAUGGUCAAGUUUUGCCAACAAGUAGAAGACAAGAAGUAUCGUCAAACGGUACUCUAGUUCUGCACAAUGUAGACAGCAGUACAGAUCGCGGUUCGUAUACAUGUACUGCUAAAAAUAAACAGGGUCACUAUGAUUCUCAGACUGUACAAAUAGAAGUAAAAGUUCCUCCUAGCAUAGCUCCUUUUAGCUUUAACAAGGACCUAUCGGAGGGUGUACGGGCGCAAGUGGCGUGUGUUAUUGAGAAAGGCGACCCGCCGUUCACGAUAAUAUGGUCGAAAGACGGGGAACCUAUUGCAACCUCAUCCCCCUCGAAUUUUGGGUCCGCCAGUAGCACAGUUACACACAAAAACAACUUACCGAACAACGUUGCUGGGUUACGUGUUACCAGCAUGGAUGUUCACUCCAGUACCAUCUCAAUCGACCGUGUUACUGCCGCUCAUGCUGGCAAUUAUACCUGCAUUGCACGUAACUCCGUUGCCGAAGUCGCAUCUACUGCCCAAUUAGUUGUUCGUGUGCCUCCUCGGUGGGUAAUGGAGCCGCAGGAUGUUCACGCACCAGAGGGCAUGUCCAAACUGAUGCUUCAUUGUCAUGCCGAUGGGUUUCCUCCGCCUUCUGUCACAUGGCGUCGUGGUACAGGAACUAGACCUGGCAGUUAUCAUGACAUUGCUAGUCACGAACAUGCACAAGAAUUGAGAAUUCAUUCGAACGGAUCACUGGUCUUUGGCCGAGUUCAAGAGGAUCACGAGGGCUAUUAUCUCUGUGAAGCUGUUAAUGGAAUUGGUGCUGGCCUCAGCAAAGUCGUUUAUUUAACCGUUAACGCGCCCGCCCGUAUUGUGGAGAAGCACCGCAAUCAAACAGCUCGACUGGGCUCAAGAGCUUCUCUGCGAUGUGAAGCCAAGGGUGAUCAUCCCCUGAACAUUGUGUGGAGGCGGGCUGGCUCACAACUGGAACCGGCGGUAUCCGAUUAUAGGUAUAUGGUCAAGGAAAUGAACACCACAGAUGGUGCUGUUAGUAUCCUCGAGCUCAUUAGUACGUCCAGGGAGGAUAGCGGGAGAUAUUUCUGCACAGCUUCCAAUGCUUACGGUGGCGAUGAAAUGACCAUGCAUCUCUAUAUACAAGAACCUCCGGAUUUCCCUCGAAAUAUCCACGUCCUAGAAAAGGGAAGUCGCCAUAUUAAAUUAGGGUGGACUAGCAGUCAGGAUGGGAAUAGUCCAAUUACUCAGUACAUUAUUGAAUAUAAAACAGAUUCAGAAAUUUGGCACGACCAUACGUUCCACGCGACAGUUUCUGGAACGCAAACAUACGGGCAUGUGAAUGGUUUGCGUCCUGCUACUAGCUAUCAGUUUCGGGUAUUUGCUGAGAACGAAUUGGGUCGUAGUCAAGCGAGCGAUAUCCUCGAAGUAACAACAGACGGUGAGAAGCCUGGAGGACCUCCUCGGAACCUCAAAGUCGAACCAAUUAGUUCGACAGACUUUAAAGUCAGUUGGGAUCCACCCGAUCAAGACUUAUGGAACGGAGAAAUUCUCGGGUACCACGUUGGCUUCAAGGAACACAGGCUGUCUGCUGAACAGUACACUUACAAAACUGUAGAAGGACGGCCGAUAUCAGCGAGCGCAACUUUGGGACUUGCUCGAACUGCCAUUCCCGGUCGCCAAUGUCAAUUGACCAAUUUACGAAAAUUCACGCGCUAUAGUGUGAUUGUCCAAGCAUACAACGCGUUAGGCCCGGGACCAAUGACGUCUGAAGUGGUCGCGACAACCCUCGAAGACGUGCCAAGUAGUCCGCCUCAAGAUAUUCGGUGUACCGCACUAUCUGCCCAAUCUCUCCAAGUAUCUUGGGAAGCACCACCGGAUACAAGCUUGAACGGAGUCCUCCGCGGUUUCAAAGUUAACUGGGAGAGCAUGGACGCGCUUACUGAGACGACCAAAUACGACACCAAAAUAACCUCUGCCUUGACGAUUGUGUUGAACAACUUGGAAAAAUAUACGAACUACUCAAUCCAAGUCGCGGCGAUGACCCGACCGGGUGACGGAAUACCCUCAGCUCCAAUUUACUGUAAAACGAAGGAAGACUUGCCGGAAGUACCUGCUGGAAUUAAAGCUGUCGCUAAUUCGAAUGAAUCGAUAAUAGUUUCGUGGUUGCCGCCUCUGAAAGCUAAUGGUGUUAUCACUACGUACUAUGUUUAUAUUAAGAGUGAAGACACUGAUGGAAAGUGGUAUAAACACAUCUCUAAGGCUCACAAGACUAGUUACAAAGCUGAAAAUCUACAGAAGAGGACGCAGUACUCUUUUCAUGUUGCUGCUGUUACUUCUGUUGGUGAAGGUCCUAAAACUUCGUCUGUUACUGCAUCUCCCUCUAGUCACGUACCUGCGGCAAUUUAUUCAUUCGGAAUGAGUCCAAUUGUUCCAUGGAAGCAAGACGUAACUUUGCCUUGCCAGAGUGUGGGAAAACCGUCACUUUUAUGGAAGCAAUGGGGCCAAGUAGUUAAAGCGUCCGGCAGAAUAACUAUUCGUACUGAUGGCUCGCUACAUAUUGCUGAUCUUCAUCGUGAGGACAGUGGUAAUUACACUUGUCACGUAGAAAAUCAACAUGGCUCUGAUCAAAUUACCCAUAAAUUAAUUGUCCAAGUGCCACCGUCAGCACCGCUGCUUCUCGCAACGAGUACAACGAGUAAUUCAAUAAGUGUCCAAUGGAAACCGGGUGACGACGGAGGUGCACUUACACGCGGCUACAUACUUCAUUACAAACGCAAAUUCGGGGAUUGGGAAGAGGUCAAAGUGUCACACAAAAUAAAUGGUUACUUAUUGUCGCAACUCUGGUGCGGUACCGAGUACCAAAUUUACCUCACUGCCUACAAUAGAAUAGGAAUGGGUUCGCCGAGUGAAUUCGUAAAAGCAACAACAAAAGGUUCCAAACCAGCUAAUUCUCCUGGAAGUAUCGACAAAUUUAUCACUGUCAAUGUGUCCUGGAUUGUUUUGCAUCUGAGUAUGUGGAACGACGGCGGCUGCCCUAUUACGUGGUUCGAACUCGAGUACCGGAAGUACAAUGAAGAAUUGUGGACACUUGUAUCCAACAAUAUUGAAGUUCAAAAAUCUUAUACGCUCAGCGAGCUUCAUCCAGGAACAACUUACGACAUCCGCGUAAGAGCUCACAAUAACGCUGGAUCUUCAGUGGCUGAAUACAAAAUAACGACACUUCAGCCUCAUAUCACUACAACACUGCCUACUGUGGAGAUAGAUCAAUUUAUUCCACAACAAUCUUCCGUACUAGCUGAUUUAAAGCUAAUAGUACCGUUAGUUUUAUGUUCCUUUGCUAUUAUUGCCACUGCUGGUGCUGUAUUUUACUGUUUUCGAAAACGUCCUUUGUUAGGCGACAUUGGCAGCCUUCACGAUGCUCAAACAGCUGCCGCGUUGGACAAUAAACAAAAUAUGGAGCAACGAGAGCAAUAUUACGCGACUGUACGAAAACCAUUGAGAUCACCAAUCCACGAGAUGGGAACUCUUGAGCGUAUUCCUGAAUACUCGGAAGAUAUCUACCCGUACGCGACAUUCCAAUUGAAGGAAAGUGUACCAGCUGGUGGAGAUAGUCGUUGUGAUUCAGCAGCUCCACUUCAAACUUUUGUUUAUCACGAUCCGCGGCUUUCUACUGCCGACACUCUACAAUUACGCGAGUCGGAUUGCAACCGGUACACUAAGGUGCGCGGAGGCCGUUCGUCCUCUGCGCCGUUGCAUAAAACGCACAAGGUCAAUCAGGGCAAGUCCGAGUCGGAGGAAUACGACACCCUGGGCUCGGACAGCGACACUGAAGUCGGGACCAGCAGCCGAACUGAGUCUUCCAAUCACCUCGUCGAUUCGCACCACUCGGCUUUUGCAACCGACGCGCGUGUUCACAACUUCUUGUACCAUGGACCAGAAUCUAGCACGUCUACGGAACCCUCACCGAUUUUUGAGAGAAAAUCGUUUCCUGGAAGGGGACGACCCAAGAUGUUACAGUUGGCGCGUUAUACCGGCGAGGAGACCCGUACAAGUUUCGGGACAAUCCCCAGGCCUGGCAAUCCCAAGCACCAGCCGGGUAAUAGGACCCGGGAGCAGGAGCGUGGUGAUGCAGGAUCAGGAACCCUGUUCAUCGCCAAACUGGACCCACCCUCGGGGUUCUCCGACGCGCUCGAGCUAAGUGAAGCCGAGUGCGACCUCGAUCGUGGUCACGGUGGCCAACGAAAUCGACGAGACUUCGUUAUUGCGGUGUAAAUAAUUGUGCAAAUGCUAUUUCAUAUUUAUUAUUAUUAUUAAUAUAAAUAAAAAUAUAUUGAAGCUGAUUGAUGGGAUAAAAAAAUAAAGAGAAAGUAAAGGAAGAAAUAAACAAAUUGGAUUAUACGAAUUGAUUGAGUAAACAUUAAAAGAAUAUCAACUUCUCUUACAAAUGGUUUAUCUGUCUCUCUGUAACAUGACUUUGAUAAUUAUUAUGUAAUUUAUGUCCUGAUCACAUAAAAUGUUAAAUAAAAAAAAUUGUUUACUCACACGCUCACGUUUUAAACUAACGAAUUGACUUAAACGAAAAACUAAAUGUUAAUCUCAUUAAUUAGUAAAAAACAAAUUACCGAGGAACGAAAUUUAUGUAAUGUUGAUAAAAUCUAAAAGUGAAGUUAUUGAAAAAUGAAAAACGAUUUUCGUUUUGAGUUACACGGCACUAACUUUUUAAUCGUAAGUUUAAAACGAUAAAUUUUUUCAUGUCUUGAAUUGGUAUACUGAUUUAAUUAUAAAAAUGUUUUUUAAAUAAAUAAAAAAAAAAAAUAAAA